AGCCUAGGGGCGCGGGCGGGGACAGAGCUCGCGCGCUCGCUGCUGGAGUGUGAUGGCCCUGCGAGGCUGCAGCCCUCGACCUUACCCGGAGUUGGCGGCGAGAGACUCGCGGAGGCGCAGGGUUCCGGGCGAGCUCUGAGCGCGCUCCAAGCGCCCCGGGACGCGGUCCACGUCCACGGGCUCGGACGAAGGCGAGGAUCCACUCUCAGCUUUGCUGCUCGUGGUCUUCCGGAUCAUGUCCGCGGCUCCCGGGACUCCGCGCUGUAAAAGAAGUUUGCCCAGCGUGGACCCAAAGACCUUUCCAAGCCGUGCGUCUCCCUGCCUGGACUGGAUCUAAACGCCACUGCCUAGACGAACCUUUCCACGGGAGGGGUUUCUCUUCGCGCUGUUGUCUCUGUUUCCGGCGGAGCCCCACGCCCACCCGCCUCUGAGUCCUGGAAGAAAGGGGCGGCUCCCUCCGCCCCCCAGCAUCCAGGAACAUGGGGAGCAAGGCCCUGCCGGCGCCCAUCCCGCUCCAUCCGUCGCUGCAGCUCACCAAUUACUCCUUCCUGCAGGCGGUGAACACCUUCCCCGCCGCGGUGGACCACCUGCAGGGCCUGUACGGCCUCAGUGCCGUGCAGACCAUGCACAUGAACCACUGGACACUGGGGUACCCCAACGUGCACGAGAUCACCCGCUCCACCAUCACGGAGAUGGCGGCGGCCCAGGGGCUGGUGGAUGCGCGCUUCCCCUUCCCGGCUCUGCCCUUUACCACCCACCUCUUCCACCCCAAGCAGGGAGCCAUCGCCCAUGUCCUCCCGGCCUUGCACAAGGAUCGGCCCCGUUUUGACUUUGCCAACUUGGCGGUGGCCGCCACGCAAGAGGACCCCCCUAAGAUGGGAGACCUGACCAAGCUGAGCCCGGGCCUCAGUAGCCCCAUCUCCGGCCUCAGUAAAUUGACUCCGGACAGAAAGCCCUCCCGAGGGAGGUUGCCCUCCAAAACGAAAAAAGAAUUUAUCUGCAAGUUUUGCGGCAGACACUUUACCAAAUCCUACAACUUGCUCAUCCAUGAGAGAACCCACACAGACGAGAGGCCGUACACAUGUGACAUCUGCCACAAGGCCUUCAGGAGACAAGAUCAUCUGCGGGAUCACAGGUAUAUCCAUUCCAAAGAAAAACCCUUCAAAUGUCAGGAGUGUGGGAAAGGAUUUUGUCAAUCUAGAACUCUUGCAGUUCACAAAACUUUACACAUGCAGGAAUCUCCACACAAAUGUCCCACAUGUGGAAGAACCUUUAAUCAGAGAAGUAAUCUGAAAACUCACCUUCUCACCCAUACAGACAUCAAGCCCUACAGCUGCGAGCAGUGCGGCAAAGUGUUCAGGCGAAACUGUGAUCUGCGGCGGCACAGCCUGACUCACACCCCGCGGCAGGACUUCUAGAGAAGCCCAGGAUCUGUCCCCUGCCGCCGCUGCUCCCCUCCCCAGACACUUCUCCACGGCUCCCACCUGGGGGUCGCCCCCCCUUCACAGACCCCAGCUCUCCCUUGCUGCAGCCAUACCUGCAGCCCCAGGGAGUUAAUUCUUCUUCUUCGUGAGGACUGAGAACUGUAGAAAGCCACACACGUAAAUCCCUUCACCAAGAGCAUAUGCUAGUUUCGUGUAGAUAUUCACAGCUCAUUUUAGAGCUCUGUACAUAAUGUCAUGGGUCUUUGUUAUUUUUUGUUUUUGUUGGUUUUUUUUUUUUUUUUGGUUUUUGUAUCUUGUUGGAUGUACCUAGAUAUGGAAAAUGGAAGCCAAAUUUAUCUUUAAAGACUGUAUUUUCAAAAUAAAACUUUUUCUUGUUUGUUUCAA